AUGGCUGAAUUUUCAGCAUUGAUGGAGCAAAUGAAGCAAAUGCAGCUCCAAAGCACAAGCGAGGAAGAACAUCGCCACAUCCAAGCUCAGAUCCAAGCUCUCAUUGAGCUUGAGCAGCAGAGGCUGACUGCGGAAGCCGAGGAGCGCAAGCUUGAGCAGCAGAGGCUGGACGCUGAAGCCGAGGAGCGCAAAGUCUUGAAGGGCAUGUUCACCCUUGCGCUGCAAUACGAAAAGGCUUUAUGGAACAAGUUGAUGGCAAUGGAUGAUGAUGAUUUUGAAGCAUUUGUCGACGAAGUCAACAACAUGCCCUCUGCCGAGAGGAUGAACGAAUUGUACCCCCUGGAAGAGCUUCCCUGCAGCCACCACUACCUUGCAGCGAAAAUUGCCAAGCGCAUUGAUGAGCUUUGCGCGGAUGGCCAGUGGAAGAGCAGCGAGGCGCUAAUGGAAGGUCUUCGGGCAGGUGCUCAGACUCUAUCGCGGCCACGGCUGCCUCCACAACCAUUUCCUUGCCCUUUUGAAGACCUCGACAAGUGGAAUCUGAAGGAUUCGUAUGGUCCCAACGUGCAGGUCUACAGCAUCGGGAAGCAAAACAAGGAGCAAGGCAAGGUGUUCAAGCACUUUGACUACUGGGGACGCACGGCAAAUCUCUGCAGCAGCCUCUCGGCACAGUGUGUGCCUUACCAAGAUCGCCGCUACCCGCCUGACGACCGAAUCUUGACAAAACUCAGUCAACUGGAUGUGACGGGCUCGUUCUAUCAGAAGUGGGAGGUGGUGAGGCUUGCAACUGCCGUGGAUGUGCUCAGCUACCCUUACGUGAAGCCGGCAGACACCGUCGAGAUUGAGCAACUGGUCCAGGUCAUCUACCAACUGAAGGCCAUCCAUAGCGUUGACUUUGUGCACGGCGACAUUCUUCCUCGCAACAUUCUUUUUUGCAGCGACUGGGAAGGGCAUCCUGCGGCCUUUCUCAUCGACUUUGAUCUCGGCCGGUUUCUCGCUGCUAAUCCUGCCCACAACCCCGUCUAUGCCUCCAAUUUUGCCAGGGAAGGAAAGCCGCUGGAGUCGUAUCGUCACCCAUAUGCCCGGGGGGAUUUGCCAAUGCAGAAGGAGCACGAUGGCUUUGCCUUGGCACGUGUCAUGGAGAAGUUUUUGCAGGAUGACGAGGCUCGUCAGCAGCUGGUGGCUGCGUUGGAAGAGCUGCAGCUGGAUGACGCUGCCACGCUGUGUCAGCAGUGCUCGCUUUUGCCGCUAGACAAUGUUGCUGGGCUUGGCAAGGCCACGGGCAGUCCUCGGCGUUAA